GCGCAACUUCCCCACCACAAAGAUAACCAUCACCUCGACCCCGCAUCGGAAUUCCAUGACUACUCCGAAACUCCCAAGGGCAUCUUCCUAUCAAGCGGACAACGUCCGAUCCGCGAAUCCAUCGGAGAAUGACUGACGAUGCAUGCUGAUAAGCAUACCAGUUACAACACGCGCCGUCUCAGCGACAUGAGGCACUUGAGAUGCUGGCCCACAGUAUAAGAGGGACAGCUACUGCUACUCUUUCCACCUCUACACCACCAACCACCAGCCAAAAGCAACAAAAAGCAAAGCAAAAAUGACCAUUGAAAUCCCCUCCCAGAACCCUUCGCCUCCAUCCCCCGCUACACCCUCACCCUUGGCCCCUCCCCAUCCACCCUCUCCCCAACACCUCCGCAGACCUGCACACCACCAUCUACGCCAAACGCGAGGACCUCAACUCCGCCCUCGCCUACGGCGGCAACAAAACCCGCAAACUCGAGUACCUCCUCGCCGACGCCCUCGCCCAGAACGCCACGACCCUCGUCUCCAUCGGCGGCGUCCAAUCCAACCAUACCCGCCAGGUCGCCGCCGCCGCCGCACACGCAGGCCUCACCCCCCGCCUCGUUCAGGAGCACUGGGUUGAGUGGAAGGACGCGCAUUAUGACAGAGUAGGCAAUAUCCAGCUAUCGCGGCUGAUGGGCGCGGAUGUGCGGCUUCACCCUGCGGGCUUUGGGAUCGAGCAUAAAGAGAGUUUGAAGCAGCUGAUGGCCGAGUGUGAGGCGCGCGGCGAGCGCGCGUACUAUAUCCCUGCCGGGGCGUCAGACCAUCCGCUCGGCGGGCUGGGGUUCGCGCGGUGGGCGUUUGAGGUGGCGAUGCAGGAGCGCGAGAUGGGGGUGUUCUUCGAUGUGGUGGUGGUGUGUGCCGUGACGGGGAGUACGUUUGCGGGGAUGAUUGCUGGGUUUAAGUUGCUGGAGCGGAUGGAGCAAAGCAGCAAAAAGAGGAGGGUUAUUGGGAUUGAUGCGUCGGCGAGGCCGGCGGAGACGAGGGCGCAGGUGCUGCGGAUUGCGAAGAGUACAGCUGUUAAGAUUGGAUUGAAGGAGGACGAUAUCACCGAGGAGGAUGUGGUUCUUGAUGAGAACUACCAUGAGGGGGUUUAUGGGGUGCCUGGAGAGGGGACCAUCAAGGCUAUGGAGUAUGCGGCGAGUAAGGAUGCGUUUAUCACGGACCCUGUGUAUGAAGGGAAGAGCUUCGCGGGGUUGAUUGAUUUGGCGAAGAAGGGCGAGUUCGCAGGGAAGACUGUGCUUUACGCGCAUCUUGGGGGGCAGCCGGCUUUGAAUGCCUAUAGCGACAUUGGUAGGGCCAAGUAGCAUCGGCACUGAUCACUUGGACUAUAAGGUGUAUUGAGUUGAGACAUAUAUUACUAUGGAUGAGUCGAUAUCUAAACUACAUUUCAUUCGGUUCAACCGCGAGCAAAG